CAAAUGUCCUUGUUUAUUAAGGAUUAAUUACACUGAUCAACAAUAUUUAACUUUUGUUUUGAAAAAAGAACUAAAAUCUACUUGUUCCAAAAUGGUAUUUUCCAAAAAAGUCACUAUCAAACCUGGCACUGUGAUUGGCGGUGAAGAUAUUCUUCCAAAUGGCAAUCGAUAUCACUACUUUCAGGGAAUUCCGUUUGCAGUUCCUCCACUUGGAGAAUUAAGAUUCAAAGCUCCCGUGCCGCUUGAAAAGUUUUCCGUCCCAGAGCUUGAAUGCGUUGCGGAAGGUCCAGUCUCCAUCCAGCGGAGCUUAGAUCCAGCCUUACCAUUUAUCGGAUCUGAAGAUUGUCUUUAUCUAAAUGUAUUCACACCUGAAACGAAAUCAAACAAACCUUUACCAGUGAUGUUAUUCAUUCAUGGUGGUGGAUUUGUCGGGGGCAAUGGCAAUUCCGAUAAACAUAAUCCACUUUACUUAUUACAAGAAGAUGUAGUUGUAGUCACAUUCAACUAUCGGCUAGGAGUCCUUGGAUAUCUAUCUCUUCCUGAAGUGGGAAUACCUGGCAGUGCCGGUAUGAAAGAUCAGGUUCUUGCCAUGAAAUGGGUGAAAGAAAACAUUUCCCAGUUUAACGGUGAUCCAACAAAUGUUACACUUUUUGGCCAUAGCACUGGUUCAGCAUGUGUUCAUAUGCAUUUGCUAUCUAAGAAUUCGAGAAAGUUCUUUAACAGAGUUAUAAUGCAAAGUGGAGUAUCGAUUAUGACUGCAAUGACGGAUUCAGAUGGACCUGGAAAAGCUAGACAUCUAGCUAAACUAGUUGGUUGUAAUUCAGAUGAUCCAAAUGAAAUUUUAAAGUUUCUACAAAACUACAACAAUUUUGAGGAUUUCAUUAAGCCAUUGAUACCGAAAGGUACUCAAUUUGUAGAUGCUCCAAUUCCAUCAAGACCAGUUAUAGAAGAAGAAAGUCCAGAAGCUGUGUUAACAAAAAAUAUUCUGGAGGUUAUGAGUGAUCCAAAUUCAGGAAUUAAUCAUCCUGUUCUAAUGGGUUAUACUGAUGCAGAAGGAAUGGCAAGGAUUUCACAAUGUGGUGAAAAUUUAAAAGAUUUUCACAAUGAUUUCUGUCAAUUUAUCCCUCCGGAGUCAAAUUUACCAUUGGAUGACCCAAAGGCUAUCGAAUUGGCUAAUUCAAUAAAAGAAUUUUACUUUAAAGGCAACAAAAUUGACGAUAGUAUGACAUAUCCAUUGAUUGAUUUGUUUAGUGAUAGUUUAUUUACUUCAUAUAUUCGACAAACUGCAGAAUUUCAUACCAGAUUUCUACAUGAGUCUCCAUUGUAUUUUUACCGAUUUGAUUUCGAUGGGCAACUGAAUUUGUAUAAGAAUAAAUACAAUGUUGAACAUUUGAAAGGUGCUUCUCAUGUUGAUGAUCUUUGUCAUGUUUUCCAAAUGAAAUUUAGUCCACCAAAACCAUGGGAGGAAGAAGCUCAAAAAAUGGUUGUGACUUUGUGCAAAUUGUGGACAAAUUUUGCAAAGUAUAAUAAUCCAACUCCAACAAUAGAUCAACAAUUUGGUGGUUGUAUUUGGGAACCUGUGCCGAAAUGUGACAGUUGGGAAAACAUGACCAUCAAAACUUUUAUCAUUGAUAAGGAAAUAAGGAUGAUGGACAAUCCUGAUGAAGAACGAAUGACAUUUUGGAGGAACCUCAAAAACUGGAAUAAAUUUUAAUAAUAUUUAUACAUUUUUUAACAUCGCUGUUUUUAUGUGAAAUCUAUUAUAUAUAAUUAAAGUUAAA